CAUCGGAUGGAUGGACUUUCAUUAGUUCCGGUGUCUCUUGCGCCUUCGCAGAAUGCAGGCCGUGCGAUUGGCUAACGCUCAAGAAGAAGAGACGUUGCACGGCGGCCAUGAAACCGGGGAGGCCGGGGCACCGUACUGCGGCGGGCCAAUGCUGAAGCACGUGUUGCCGUCAAUGUCCAGCUUUGACAAUGACGGUUUUUCGUGCGGUACCGGUACAGCCACUCACCGCGAUCGGAGAAGCAACAUAGGCAGCCGACAGCAAUGCAACAAUGUGAGACAUAUGCAAAGAUUGGCGCGCGUAUCGACGUCGAAGUGACCAGCUUUAUAAUUAGGAACAACGCGAGCUCUGUUUGUGGUGCGUUGUUCGGGAUGAUCCCAAGAGGUGGUGACUGGUAUCCGUCCUGUACCAUAAGGUCGACCAUCACAAUGGAGCCUUGCCAUGGAGAAGAACUCCUGCGGAAACAACUCGCUCCAUGAUGGGAGGUCAUGCUCUGGGAACGACGACCUGGUGAAAACGGUAGCGCUUAUUCCAUGGGCACGAUUUCCGAGGUUCCCUCGAGAUAUCAACCGAUCGUUGGUAUCUUUUCGGCACCAUGCCUGGUAUUGACAGCGACUUUCGAAAGACAGCCAGCUAGAUCGUAUGCGG